CAUCGUCCGGUUUCCACCAAAGAGCAGCAACAUGAAGUAUUUGGCGUGUCUUUUGUUGGUAACAUCCGUCUUCGCCGAGGAAGCAGCCCCUAAACAAAAACGUGGGGUGAUUCAUGGAGGCGGUUUUGGAGGGGGAUAUGGCGGUGGACUUGGAGGAGGAAUUGGUGGUGGUCAUGGAGGACUCGGAGGUGGAUUUGGAGGAGUUGGCGGAGGAUUAGGGGGUGGUUUCGGAGGUGGAAUUGGUGGAGGAAUUGGAGGAGGAAUUGGGGGUGGUAUUGGGGGAGGAUUUGGGGGAGGAGCUGGAGGAAUUGGCGGAGGAGCGGGUGGAAUUGGCGGAGGAGCAGGAGGAGGAGGCGGUGGUGGAAGAAUUACUCACAUCACCUUAACCAGACAAAUUGAAAUUCCUCAACCAGUCCCAGUCCCAGUUCCAGUUGAACGUCGUAUCCCAGUACCAGUUCAAGUUCCAGUUCAAGUUCCGGUAGAUAGACCGUACCCAGUUCAAGUACCUCAACCAUACCCAGUUCAUGUUGAUCGUCCAGUACCAGUCCCAGUACACAGAACCGUACAAGUACCUGUACCACAUCCAGUUCAAGUCCCAGUCCCAGUACAAGUCCCAGUUCAUGUUCCACAACCUUACCCUGUUCAAGUACCUCGUCCAGUACCUGUUCCAGUACCAGAAACCGUUAUUGUUAGACAACCAGUUCCAGUUAUUGUUGGAGGAGGUGGUGCUGGAGCUGGUGGUGGAUUUGGAGGUGGAGUUGGAGGUGGAUUUGGCGGAGGAGCUGGUGGUGGAUUUGGAGGAGGAGCUGGAGGUGGAUUUGGAGGAGGAUUAGGAGGAGGAUUUGGUGGUGGAUUAGGAGGCGGAUUAGGAGGAGGUCAUGGUGGAUUAGGAGGAGGACUUGGAGGUGGAUUGGGAGGAGGACAUGGAGGUUUCGGAGCUGGCGGUGGACAUGGAUCCGGAUCUAGCUACGGAGUCCACAUCAGCCACCAUUAAAAAUGUGAUAUAUUUCCUUUAUAAGUUACCAAUUUAAGUCAUGCAUCGCGGACAAAGGAGGAAGGUAGCUGCGUAAAUCGCAGAUUGCCAACUUCCGCACGAAGACGCUAUUACUCACUGUUGGAUAACUUCAUCUAUCAACCGGAUACAACCAAAUAAAGCUUUGUCGUAUUUUAGUUUUUAGAGGCCGGGUUGAACGUGAAUUUGUUUAAUAGUAAAAAAAACAACCUUCUGCAAAAUUUUUUUAUAACUUGUAUGAAUAGAAAAGAAUAAAUAUUUUUCAAA